AUGUCUGUUUUUGACAAACUAAGCUACCAAACAGCUUUGGCUUUGUAUUUGUUCGGACUCACUCCAAUUUCCGAAGGUGCUUCCAUGGAUGUCGAAAAUGCUCACAGCGCUGGCGAGGUUAGUAUCGACAUGGCUCUUCGUCAAAUUCACCGACUAAGAGUAAAACGACGCGACAUCAGCUUUUCCGGAACUGGCCUAUCGGUUGGUAGAAGCAAUGGGGAAGGCUCCAUCAAUCGUAACACCGUCAAUGAGGAUUUCAUUCAUGCCGAGAAUAUGAUGUAUUGGGCCGGUGUGGUAUUUGAUACUUCUUCGUCCAUGACCAGAGGAUGCCCCUCUAUCCUCUGUAGCGGCGUCUUUGGCUUUGAAGAGGAGCCGGUUUUCCGCCUUAUGAAAGCUCGAGUUCAACUAUUUCAUGAAAGCACAGAGGCGUGGAGGCAGAAUGGAUUUGUUCCGACAAGCCAUGACACAUUAUAUAUUGUUCACCGGGCAUCUACUUGGAAAGGAUAUGUUUGGAAAAUAAUCGGAGCUCUGCGAGAAGCGAUAAAUCAUGGCUAUGGAGAGUCAAUCAUCACCAGAUUGCAAAUUCUCAUUAGGGAAGCUGUGAAUCGUUUUGAUAGAACCUUCAAGCCACUGCUUGCAGCUUGUGAGAAGCAUAUUCUCUUUCUCAGUAGAGAUGCUCGAUUAUGUUAUUACCUUCUUCAAUUGCACUAUCACAUGGGAUUGGUGCUUCUAUGUCGCCUGGCUGUAUCCAUUGAACGGAGGGACAUCGUUCCAGACUUUGAUGCCGUUCGCCGCGAGUCAGUUCACGCCAUUUUUAGCACAAUUAGCUUUGGUCUCAGCUGCCAGGUGGCUCUCAGCAAAGAUAGAGCCCAACGCGGCCGCGAGCUCUCCUCUUUGAUUAGCUUGGAUCCGUAUCCUCAUCAUAUUCUCGCGUCAUUGCAGCUAGCCACAGACGUUUUGCUCCUCUAUCUGAAGCAGGAUGAGAUAGCACAAGACACAUUCGAUAGCUUUUGCCGAAUCGCGUUUGAUACGCUUGAUGAGCUGCCCCAGUGCCUGCAAUCAGUGCAGAGAGUGAAAAAACUCUUGGGUGACACAUUAAAUACCAGUAUGUAUCCUCUUGAUACAAGCCCGGACAUAUCAAGCGAGCCGGCUGAAGACGUUCUCGGUACCUUGAGAAGGCAGCAGCCUCGGCAAGUAAUCCCAACUGAGAAUCAAGUUAGCCGUGAAGGAAUAUUUUCUGAAGAGCCAAGCAGCGGCGUAGCGGGCUCGAACCAACUGGCUUCUUCUUUUACUGGUAUUGACGACGCUGGAUAUGCUUGUCUAGCAGAGACACUCUUCGCUGGGCCAUCAGUAGUGCUUAGUACGAGAUCUUAA